AUGCAUGCUUAUUGGAAAAAUCAGGGCUGUUAUGUUGCUUUGAAAUCUUUUAAUACCAAUAAAACGACACGUAAGAAUAUUGUAAAAGAGAUAAAAUUACAUAAAGAAGUUGAUUUUCAUUCAAAUAUUAUACGAAUUUUUGGAAUCACAAGCGAAGAAACCGUUUUGAUGUGGCUUAUUUCAAGUGGAAAAAGAUCAUUUUAUGACGAAGAUACUGAAAAUGAUGAGAGAAUAUUAAAUUUAAGAAUAAUCAAUGGAGAAAGAGAAACAAUCAUUUGUGGAACUCCUAUAGAAUAUAGUAAUCUAUAUGAACAAUGUUGGAAAUAUGAACCGGAUGAACGUCCUAAUAUACAGGAUGUUGUUUCAACACUUGGAGCGAUUAUUUCAAAAAAUAGUGAGAUGGAAGUAUCACAGAAUCAAAUAUCUGUUCAAUCUGAUACAAUAAUCUCUUUAAAUAAUUCCUCAAGUUCCUCAAGUCAAAUUAUAAAUUGGAAUCAAAAAAAUCAAAAAUCUGGAGAAAUUAGUCAAAUGAAUAAUAAUAAUGUAUCAAAUAAUUUUGAAAUUAUUUAUCAUCAUAAUGUAGAAUCAAAUA